GGCUUGCCCAUCUCUAGGGCAUUGAGCUUGAGGUGUCUUGAGUUCACAGAGUUAGCUCAGUAGCUAAAUGUUAGUUUAGUAGAAUGAAUAAGUUUGCUCUGACUAGCUGGAUGUGCCUGCUAGGGCUUAGCUCUAUGUUGGCCUUACGUUUGGAGCCUUGCGAGCUAGCUGGCCAGCUUUAUAUAUUGGAUGUACCUAAAGUGGAACUGCCCCUAUGGUUGUGCAUAGCCGAUUACGAGAGUCGCUUUAAUACCCAUGUUAUCGGACGGGCCAAUUCGGACGGCAGUCGGGACUAUGGACUCUUUCAGAUCAGCGAUCGAUAUUGGUGUGCCCCGCCGGAGAAAACAGCCUACCACGCCUUCAACGAAUGCAAUGUGAACUGCACCGAGCUCUUGAGCGAUAAUAUCACAUCGGCCGUUCGCUGUGCCCGACUUAUCAAGAAGCAACAGGGCUGGACGGCCUGGUCUGUUUAUGCAGAGUUCUGCAAUGGAACGCUUACGGAUGCGGACGAGUGUUUCCAGCAAACAACCGAAGCAGCUACAACCGAACCGAUUCUGCAAAUAGAAACCACAACCUUUGACCCGGAAAUGGAUUAAACUGUU